AUGGAAGAGAGGCUACAUACUCUAUGGGCCACCUGGCUCAUUUCCUCUGUUGGUAAUCGAUCAAUCCUUCUUGUUGAAGAUAUCGACAGCCAUUCAAUUGAUCUGGGAUCUUCUAAGGAUGGUCUUGCUACGGGGAACGAGAAGAAAGAAGGAGGUCUGUCUUUGGCUAUGAUUUUGAACUCUCUGGAUGGGGUUUGGACUUCCUGUGGUGAAGAGAGGAUUAUCAUCUACACCACAAACCACAUGGACGACAUUGAUGCACGCCUUAUAAGGCCUGGCAGGAUUGACACGAAAGUUUACAUGGGAUACUGCGGCUAUGAUGCUUUCAAGACACUUUCUGAAAAUUACUUGGAGAUACAUGAUCAUGCCCUCUUCUCUUACAUACAGAGUAAGCUAACUGAAGUGCAAAUCACUCCAGCCAGGGUAGCAGAGGUCUUCACAAGAAACUAA